CACUUGAGCAAGCGAGACAGAAGUUGUAAAAUGGAGAAUGGUUUUCGGUUCGGUUGACGAUUCGCUACCGUAGUACCAACAGUUCUUUGCAGCUGUUCCAAAUUGAUUGUUGUAUUAUCCAUACGUUUCAAGUUCUCUUUAUAAUGUAAAGUUUUUUACCCAAAUUUUUAGACAUCGUUAAAUCUAAUUAGAACAUUUUACAAUACGGUGAACAUAAAGACAAAAGAGAUUGUGGGUGCAGUGUUUCUAUUUCGUGACGUAACUGGAUUUUCUCGUGAGACGCGACGAAAUAACUGUACAUCGGAGUGUAACGAAGGUCAUUUUGGCCGAUGGUUGCUACGUUUCUGUAAUUGCGUAACAGGACGCGGACAAAAUGUGGGAAGUCGACUCUGACUCGGGGUCGCAGAGCGCGUCGUCGGACGGGCUUCGACGGCGACAGGGAUGGGAUCCGGAGGGCGAGAGUCUGGCUUCUCAAAUCGACGAACUCGACGAGGUCCUCGCCGAGGAGGAGGAAGGAUGUCCGCUGCCUUCGACGCCCGAGGACCAGCACCUGCUCGACGCGGAAAUGGCGGAGGUGUUGAAAGCUGGCGUCCUGUCUGACGAGAUCGACUUGGGAGCGCUGGCCCACAACGCCGCGGAGCAAGCGGAGGAGUUCGUGCGCAAAGUGUGGGAGGCUUCUUGGAACGUGUGCCACUUUAGGCACCUGCCGCGCUGGCUGCAAGACAACGACUAUUUACACAAAGGCCAUCGGCCGCCGCUGCCAUCUUUCAGCGCGUGUUUUGCGUCCAUCUUCCGAAUCCACACGGAAACCGGUAAUAUCUGGACACAUUUGCUCGGCUGCGUCGCCUUCAUCGGCGUCGCGAUCUAUUUCCUCACGCGGCCCUCCAUCGAAAUUCAAAUGCAGGAGAAGAUGAUCUUCGGAGUGUUCUUCAUCGGCGCGAUCGUGUGCCUCGGGUUCUCGUUCGCCUACCACACUCUGUACUGCCACUCGGAAAUGGUGGGCAAGCUUUUCUCCAAGUUGGACUACUGUGGCAUAGCGCUACUCAUCAUGGGGUCAUUUGUUCCUUGGCUGUAUUACAGUUUCUACUGCCACUAUAGACCUAAGAUUAUAUACCUAUCUGUAGUAAUUGUGCUAGGUAUAUUGUCCAUUAUAGUAUCACUUUGGGAUAGAUUCUCAGAGCCCCGCCUCCGUCCACUUCGUGCAGGAGUGUUCAUGGGUUUUGGUCUGUCGGGGGUAGUGCCAGCGAUCCACUAUGGUAUCACUGAAGGCUGGUUUGAUCAGGUUAGUAAGGCGUCUCUGGGUUGGCUGGUGUUGAUGGGUCUACUAUACAUUUUGGGUGCAAUGUUCUACGCCCUCAGAGUACCUGAGCGCUGGUUCCCUGGGAAGUGUGAUAUUUGGUUCCAAUCUCACCAGAUAUUCCACGUGUUAGUGAUUGUAGCUGCGUUUGUCCAUUACCACGGUAUCAGUGAGUUGGCGUCAUACAGAGUCACCGUCGGGGAGUGCUCCAUGCCUCCUUCCUCUAUUGCAUUCUAGCCUCGCCCCCUACCAAUUGUGAUAGUAGACCAUAGAUAAUCUUAAGUAGGAUACAAACAUUAAAAUAGUUUCAUUGAAUAUUUUUUUAACAUAUAAAUCUAACACAAUUUUCUAAGUUUUUUACAAAACCGGUACGUUGGUUUAUUGCAGUGAGGCUGUUAAUAAUGUUUGAGACUAAUAAUAUUGCAAAGUUGUUAUUUCCUAUAGGGGGGUUUCAAGAUUAAAUUACACUAUUUUAAUGAUUAUUGUUUUCUUUAUUUAUUUUAGGUUUGUUAUAGUAAAUAUGACUUCUUGCAACAGAUAAAUAAUACGAAACUAAAGUACCAUCUUUAAAACUACUCUAUGGUUUCCAAGUUCCAUUUUUCUGAAAUCUUCUUAGCAUGUACUUAAUUUUCUGAAUCCUAUUUCUAUUUAUUUAUAAGGAAACACAACUUAUGCCCUAAUUUUUAAGUUCUCUUUGGUAGGUACCUAUAAUAAUUUUUAAAUCUGCAGAAUGUUCUCUCUGCAUGUUAAUAGGUAAUUUAAUUUUAUAUUACAGAAUCUUAAAAUAUGCGACUACAUACUUUACUUAGCUAGUUAAUUAAGUGCAGUGUGUUUUCUUUAACUAUGCCAAUUUUUUUGUGUUCUACUAGAACUAUUUUACAUUCCAUCACUUUUACCUCAAUAAUAUCAAGAAAUUGAACUAAGAAAAUUAUAGGUUAUUUAUUAAUUAAUUAUAUUGUAUUAAAAUCAUUUUAACUACACUAUAUUUUAACACUAAUGUGAAAAAAUAAGGCUCUCCUUUUCUGCAGAAGAGGUUGGUUCCAAAUGGAUUCUUAAUAAUUCUCUAUUGUAUGCAAAGAUUAAUGAUAAUAAUUGUUGUCUUUAUAAGUAUUUGUAAUUGAAUUGGUAAACUAAAAAAAUGGGGCAUAAAAGUUUUCAAUUAUAUAUAUAUUUGUGUAAUACCUGUGUUUCUUAUUAAUUGUAAUAAUAAAAAAAAGUAUAUUCUAAAUUGUUAUAAGUGUUCAUAAAUAUAAAAAAAAAUAUUUUACGAAAACAAUAAUAAAAGGAUUGAAAAAAAAAAACAAAAAAAAAAACAAUUGUAAAUAUCAAAAAGCCGAGCUCUAAAAAAGUCUUGAUAAGUACAUUAUUAUAAGAUGUUGGGGAAAUUACAAAACUUAGUUGUAGGAAAACUGGGUUGUAAUGAAUAUUUACAUUUUUGAAAUACAAUAUUAAAAUUUUUAAAGUCAGAGUGCAUCAUCCGAGUUAAAGGUUAUAGCAGACAAUGCUAUGUUAAAAGCAUCAGUGACCUGCGAUUAGGUUGCUUUUCCAAAGUUCGAUUGAACAGUCUUAUCUCCAGUAACGGCGAUCAAAUUGAAUCUAUUUAUUAUUUCAAUAUAGAGAUCGACACAGAAAAUCGUCAAAACGAGAUACAACAUCGAAACAGGAGCUAAACGCGGCAUAUCGAUACGACAUUCAAACGCAGACAGUCAAAUACAUACAUAGACUGCUAAAAUCAUAACCCUUCCUUUUGGCUUUGCCGCAGUCGGGUAAAAAAUGAUGUCAAUGUGUCAUGAUGAACAAAAAUCGCCGAUCGCUGAUCCUAAAAACAUCGUGUCUACCAUGGCCUUUAAAUGAACAUUACGUUUUAUUAUUUCACAAUUUAGCAAUGGAGAGAAAGACACUAGAAUUUGUCUAGAAUGGUAAGUCUUGGAAGAGAAAUAAUUAUAAUGUAAUUAAGCUGCUUUAUAAAAUUGUGGAUUUUGAGAAUGUUUGUGUGUGUAUGUUAAACUAUACAACACAUUAUUCCCUACUAUAAGUUAUAGUCACUGUAGUACUAACUUCUUGCACAAAACACCUUUGUAGUGAGUAAUAUAAGUCCUGUCUGUGUGUAACAUUGUCACUUCACUUUGUAUUUUAAAAAUGAAAUUGGCCACAAAAAAUUUGAAUGUGGUUUGACCCGUUAAACCCGUUCAGCACGUGUUUAACGUUAGUUUAAACCUUGUUUAAGUUUUUGUGGUGAGACCCUAAGUGUUGUAUUAAUGUUGUAAGAACUAUAUUCAUUACAACUCUCUAGAAAAUAAUAAA